CUCGCGGGACGUUUCGAUUCGCGGGAGAUGUCAAAUUUGAUAUGGAUCAGUACGAUGUGAUGCGCGAUUAGGGAUAUUAAUAUAACGUCUGCUAAGUAUUGGUAGAUUAGAUUAUUGUGUUCAUUUAGAAUGUAGGGAUGUUUCAUGGGCUUGAAUGUCUAGGUGUUGAGUGGCUGAGUGCGGUCCGACGCGGUUAUAUUGUGUAGCCUGCAUAACCUUGACAUCAAUUUCCCGCGCUAGAACGCAGACUUAUCCAACACUCCUCUCAAAAUUGCAGCGUGGAAACUGUUAUAUUAAUAGGAAGUAUUUUAGACGUAAAAUGAAUGUUAGAUUUUAAUUAAAAUCGUGAAGUUAAAUUGUGAUUAUCAAAAUGAUUCGGUUUAAAGAUAUAACUCCAUUAGCUGUUCAUUUAAUAAUCGUAACACUGCAUUUAACUGACUGCGAUGUGGUAUCCGAAGCUCCGAGCUCAAAGGAUACCCGAUACAUUCCUGAACCGGAACUACUUCCGGUCCUACAUAACAACGAUUCUAGAUGUAGAAUAUCGGAGUACCAGUGCGCCAAUAAAAAAUGUGUACCUAUAAACCGAUUUUGUGACGGAAGUAAUGAUUGUGGCGACGCAUCGGAUGAACCAAGGCAUUGCACUCGGUGCAACCGGACGUAUUAUGGAGAUAUAGGCAGAACCUACGAACUGGAGCUUCACCGACCGCGGCAGGACCUGGUGCCCUAUGUCUGCCUCAUCACUGUCACUGCUGCUGGAGGUAUACAUGGAGAUCUUAUACAGAUUCUAUUUGACAGCUUCACACUCGGUCGCUUCACAUCGUUUACGGAAGAUGGGUGCCCAGAUGGCUACAUGCAGAUACAAGAAGCCAGUAGACCCCAAGUAGGAGGCUCAUGGUGCGGGACAUCCUGGGGUCCCUCAAUUUACUACAGUGAAACUAAAUCAAUAACUCUUAUAAUAAGACUUCUACAUCUCUCCAAAGAACAAAACAACUACAACUUUGACUUCCGAAUGGCAUACAAAGUUUUGAGGAAGGAGUACGCGACAGUUCGGUAUGGAGGGACGCCUCCCUCAGAGCGACCCUUUUUCAAAAUAAGACCAUUGCCAUAUCCCGUAAACAUAACGCGUGGCGAAGAUACGAACAUCGCGAGGCCAACUAAAGCCCGCGAGUAUUACCUCGGGGAUUUGAUUUCUGGGACUUAUUGCUCGAGAAUCUUCAGUGACUGCGAUCGUAAAAACUGUAGGUUACAAUCACCAAAUUUCCCUGGAGUUUAUCCGAGGAAUUUGACGUGCUACUACGCGGUUCGACAGCACGAGGUGCCUCAGGGGAAACAUGCCCUUAUCGUCGUUAAGCAACCAAAUGGACAGCUGAUUUCGAUAAGAAGUCAGAAAGCGUUGUAUGCGACUAACCAGCAAGAGCGAGGUAAUAGUGGACGAGAGUUGAAAUUUUGGGAGCAAUGUGAUGAAGUUCAAGACUAUGUGACCGUAUAUGACGGCUACACAACGAGGGAUCCAGUAAUUUUAAGGUUUUGCGGAGGAGGAGUAUCAGUUCCGGAAGCAAUAUCUAGUGGUCCUGAGUUGUUAGUAGAAUUCACUACGUCACCUUUUGGAACCUUUUUGCAGCCGGCAACCGCUCAAUCUUUACAUGGAUUUCAAUUAGAAGUUGAGGUUAGAUUCGUCGAUCAACAAUCGCCGACCUACGCAAAAAAUAAGCGGGCUUGUGAGUUUUGGAUAAGAGGGACUGGCCGAGGUGUGUUGGAGCACCCUCAACACUCAUUACCGCCGAAUACAACGUGUCUAUAUCAUAUGCAGGGAAUCGAUACGUCUGGUCCUUCGGGCAAGAAUAUAUUUUAUCGACGACAAUUUUCAGCUCCGAGAUUUCGUGUCUGGUUCUCAGUAUUAAAAUUUUAUGUGACGAACGCUCUCAAUCCGAAUUUGCCUGAAGAUGAGUACUGCGGAAGCCAUUUGAAUAUAUGGGAUGGACCCAUGAGAAUAUCGCCUGGCUGCAGCGAUAUUUUUUGUGACAAGGACCGUUCAGUACAAAUGUCUAGAGCCACCUCACCACAGUCAGUGAUAGUGGGUCGUCCUCCCACAAAUGCCACUUUAGUUGCGAGAUUCUGCCGUGAGAGGGCUCCAAGAACGUGUGAACAUGCGUUACUUAGAAGGUCGAGGGCCUGCGCUCGAACUGAAAGUUUUUUAUCAAAAGGCGAUUCUCUAACUUUAGAACUGAAAUUGACGCAAGGGACCGCUCUGAAGCCAGUUUUCUUCAAAGCCUUAUACGAGUUCGUUGACCUGCACCAAGAUGGAGAGCCAUGGGGUCAUGGUCCUUGUUCUAGGAGGUUUUCUUCUCGUUCCUUUCCCGAAGCACCACCGGACCCACCAGUAACAUUUUCAUCACCAAGAGAUGUAUUUCUCUAUGGCAGGGGAGGAAAUCGUAAUAUCAGCUGCACAUACCGAUUUGAAGCUAACCCUGGCGAGGUUGUACGACUGAAGAUAUGGAGCGUCCGAAGCGGUGGAAGGCUAUGCAGAUCUGUGCAUUCUGCUCACUCACCGUGGUUCAGGUGUGGUGGCGAGGUUACGGCGGCUGUUAGAGUAUUCGACCGACCUUGGAAGGACAGUGGGCCUGGAGUUGUACGAGAUUGUUUAUGCAGUGAUGUGUUUGACUACGAGUUUACAUCGACAUCUACUGUGGCUGAGUUGAAAUUUGAUGUUGUGAAUAUGACAGCAGUGGAUGACUUCCGGUCUUUUGGAUUUGAGGCUUCAGUAGAGUUUGUGAGAGUCGAAUCCCAUUGUGAAGCCACACACAAAGUUCAUGGACCGAGUGGAGAGUUACUUCUGUAUUCUUCUAUUAUGGGAAUGGAUCAUUGUGACCAGCGGCCUUGGUUGAUUGACCCAUCACCUGGUCGCUACCUCUACUUGAGGAUUGAAGGCAGUAUCAUCAAAGAACCAGACUUGGAUAACUUCACUCUUCUCAAUAAUAUAACGGUCGCUCCAGAUCUGCGGCAUAUGUGCCGAACGCAGAACCGAAUAGCAGUGUAUACUGGAGGACUGUCGCCUGUUUACAUUUGUCCACUGCCGCCUCAUAGACAGGAAGAGCAGAGCGUAGAAAUUUUCUCCGAUGGCUGGAUUAAAGAAGUGGACCCUCUAGCGAAGCAUGUGUUGGCUCCUCCCCCAUCACCGGACCAUUUUGACCUGGAUUGGCCCAGAUCCCUCUCCGUUGAACUGAUGGGGGUUGAGAGUGGUUCCUACUUUGUAACAUGGCUGGAACUGUCUAGGAGACAACCUACCGAACACGGUGGAGUGUUCGCGCUGUCGGGUGACUGUCGCUACCGCUGUCCAUCUAUAGAUGCGUGCAUAUCCCCUGCAUUGUGGUGCGAUGGUAUUAGCCAAUGCCCUGACGGAGCUGAUGAGCGCCUUACACAAUGUUCCUCCUUCAUGAACGCACCUUUCCAUUACCUAACAGGGCUGAUAGCAUUCAUCGCUUGUAUCGCCUUCAUUGUGGUCGCAGCAACUCGAAGUUGCCGGCGGCGCCGUUCGGCGCUCCAGCAGCGCCUCAAAAGUUUCUCCUCGGACACCGCAAUUUUCGAUGAGAAAGAAGUGAUUUGCUGACCAAGCGAAGACUCCGUGCGAUACGUGGAAGUAGACAGGGUCACUACGGUGUGACUCUCCACGCGCGGAGUCUGGAUUUUCCUUGUUAAGGACGCAAUGACGUCACUGGGUCAAUGACACGACGGGCAUUGAACUCGAAUUGAGAUUGAAUAGUUUUAAAGCGAGCCUUCGGACCAAAGUGAUACCGAUUGGUCAGGAUACAUUAUAUAUCGUGGUAGUCUGAUAUUUACAUGACAGAUUCUCCAAUAUUAGCUCUCAUACAAAAUACUAAACGCCCAGCUUAAUUUUCUGGACAAAAUAAAAUUUAAAGAUUUAUACUGCAAAACUUGUCAAUUCCAUCAUGGGCUCGAAAACUGUUUUGUGUGAUCUUUUGGGUUAGUUCUUUAUAUUAGUUUUUGAUGCUUUUAAUUGUUCAUUAGAUGACGAAAACUAAUCAACUAAACAGUGUCGUGUCAAUGGAAGUCAUGAAUUAUCAGAAUACCAUUAGUUUAAAUUCGAAUUAUUUUAAGGCAUUUAAGUUUAGAGUUGACUGAUUUCAUUAUGUAAUUUUAAUGAACGCACAAUUUUUUUUACCUGAUCCAAUCGGUUCAAGAAUGUACGAGAUAUUUGUUGUAUUAUUAUCUUGUAAAUAAUUUUGUUGGAAUGUUCGUUAUAGAUUAAAAUAUCGUUGUGGCAAUAAUUCAAUUGUAUCAAAAUCGAAGCCUGUGUUCCAUAAAUUCGUAUACGUGAUACAAUACUGCCAUUUAUGAAGUUCGUAUACUUUAACUGUAAUUUUAACCGAAAAAGUUUACAGUUUUUUUUAUUACCAAAAGUGAGUCUAUUGACAUGUUAUAUUUGUUUAAGAGUGCGUUUCACUAACGUUUAUCACGACGACUAAGCGAGGUUUUCCUCAUGUUUCAUUAAACUAUAUUUAAAUGUUGAAACACUGCGUAAAUAGUGUUGUUCUCUUGUAGUAUUGUUAUCGGGCAUAUAACAGCGUCGUCGUAGAAAUGCUGGUGUCAGUGAAACGCACCCAAAAAGAUACAAUGACAUGAUUUUCCAUCGACCAUCAGCCAUAAAAUGUGUUCAGUGUUAUCUAUAUCCAAAACUAAGACACGUAAAAGCAACAUUGAUGAAUCAUGUCAGUGACCUCAUAAGCAAUUUAUAAAUUAUCCUACUGUAAAUAAAAUUAAAACUAAUUCAUAUCUUAAAGUAUUAAAGUGAUAUAAAUUUGUUUCCCAAGGAAAUUAUUGAGAUUUGUUAUAUCGAGUUAACUAUUAGUAACUUGUAGUGAUAUUGAUAAUGACCUCGUAAUGGUUAGGAUAUUAUAAAAAUAGAUUUGACCCGACGGUACCUGUGACAGUCUUUGAUUAUUAACUUAUUAUUAUUGAUAAAGGUCCAUAGUGAUCGAUAAAACCGCGCCUUGCGAAAAAAUUUCGUUACAUAUUAAUUACGAUUUAAAGUUCGUGAUUAAAUAAAAUUGUCAAAUAUCAAAUUUUGACUUACGAUUCCUGUCUAAAUAUAAUAUAAAAUGGUUAUUAAAAAUCAAUAAAUUAAAGCUGUCGAAAUUAAUCUUUACAAACGUUAUAAUUACAAACUAAUGUAAAUAUAAAAUAGAUAAUUAGUGAAUAAUUGACAGAUUAAUUACAAAAUAUAUAAUCGUAAACUUGUAGGCAACCCACGCCUGUUAAAUUUUUUGAACGUUUUACGUUAAUAGUACAAACUUUAAGCGAAGUAAAUAAUUUUUAAUAUUAAAGCGCUGUUUUUAAUACGUGAAACGCUUUAAGCUUAAACUGCGCUUUGGUAGAACAAUAUUAAGUUUAAGUAAUGUAAUAGAUCAAUAAAUACUAAUUGGAUUCUCUAAAAGUUAAUUAUGGUGAGGCUAUGAAUGAAUAAAAUGAGAAGAAGUUUUAUUCAAAUAUAAUAUCAAAGACUGUCAUAAAUCUGAAAACAAUUAUGAACUUAAAUUUAACAAAAUACUGAAUAUAUUUUCACUAAGAUUGACAGACUGUUAUUUCGCAAGUGUUCUAUGAAUUAAUUAUACUAAAUGCUACCAAUAUUACUAGAUAUGUUUAAGAUGGUACCUUUAAUGAAUGAGACAGUUUAUUUGAAAAUCACAUUAUACUAAAAAUAAGCGGACUUAAAAUUUAGAAGUCUAGAUUUAGCUUAGUGAAAUCUACAAAUUGGUUUCUCUCUUUAUACUUAACGUUAAGUCUCGUAUGUUACCCAAACACUGAUAAACAUCUAUUUUUGCCGCAUCAUAAAUCCUUUUUGCAUUGUUCAUUGUUUAUUUACCACGAAAGUGUUCAGAGUAGUUGAAAGUAAUAAUAACUGCAGCUGAGUGUCAUCAUCGGACGUCCAGGCAGAGUACGAAAUUCCACCCGUAUCACCUCGACGUCCGCCUAA